AAUGAUAUGACCAAUGUAAUAAUUUAUUUUUCAGUUUAUAACUUUAUAGUUGCAACUUUUGUUAUUUUUUUUUAAUUUUACUACUGCUAAUAAAUAUAUUGUAUUAGAGGUCGUCCAUAUUGAAUAUUAGUUCGUUUACGUAUAUUCGCCUAGGUGGCGAUAAAAACACUAUUCCACAGCAAACUAUGGGAGUUGUUUAUCUAUUUACUUAUAUGAUCUGUGGUAUUCUUUAUACUUGGGUGCCCGAGGCACCCUAGGUUAUAGCCCGGCGGCUCUUUUUCCGGCUGUUGGUGGCCGAGGACGAUGCACCUUAUUUCUCGGGGGUGUGCAUCGUUACAGAUUAAUAUACGAUCAAAAAUCUAUAGAUUAUUUUGUUAGAACAAUGAAUUCUAAUCUUACUUUUUAUUGCACCUCUUAAAUAGCUCUGACAUAUUGUAAGCUCAAUAAUUUUUUUAACGUUUAAAUAUGUAUUAUUUUAUUUGUUAGAGCAAGUCAGGAAAGGUAUAGUGACGAAGCAAUUGGAUAUGUGGAGAUAUGUCGUCAAAAAAGAAUGUGUACCAUUUGUGCUAAAAUAUGCCCUGAACACAAUUAAAGUUCGUAACAAGGAAUACGCAGUCGAAUUAAUAAUCAAUGAAAGAAAAAAUGAAAUUAAAAGUGCACAAUGCUUUGAUUGUGCAGCUUCUUCAGGUGGUUGCAAGUACGCCAUAGCAUUUUUAAUGUGGGCACAUCGAAAAAGCGAAGAACCUGCUCCAACGUUUGUAGCAUGUUAUUGGAAGCGUCCCACAAUGUCGUCAAUAGGAACAUCAUUAAAAUGUGUAACUGCGAAGGUGUUAAGUAGAAGCAAAUAUGAAGAAUCUACAGUGUUAAAUACAAAUUUUUUGGAAGAUUUCAUCAAAAUAGCUAAAGCAAGAAAACUCGAUAGUCAAAUCAUGCGUCAUUUCAUACAUAAUUACGACAAUUCUUUAAUGUCAUUAUCAUUACAUUCUUUUCUUUUAAAAUAUUGUAACUGUAGUGAUCGAUAUAAAAAAAAUGUUGCUGAUUUUUUACUUUUUGCAAAGCAACACAUGAACUCGAAUUUGUGCAUUAAAGCUGCAGAAGCUACAAAAGAGCAGAGUUCCUGCCCGCUAUGGUAUAAACUACAGUAUGGAAAGAUUACAGCUUCGACCAUAUAUGAAGCUGCAAACUACAAACAGUUUGUCUGUUAAAAAAGUUAUAGGUGUGGGUGGAUUAUGAUUCCGAUUACACUAAGUAUAAUAUCCAAUUCAUCAAAAUUCUGGAAAAAAAAUAUUCUUCCAUUACUUUUGGAAUCUGUACAAAAAUAGAAAA